UAGAUUUACAUACAUUUUUAUGAUUUGGGGGGGGGGGACUGGGCAUGAUGGAAAGAUUAAUACUUUUUAUCUCAGCAUCAUCAAAUUAGGUGAAAUCAGGCCUUUUUUAUCAAGGCCUGUUAUCUUUAAUUGGCAACUCGUGUUAUCCGUAUUUGUUCAGCAUGCUGUCUCGCGUCAACCUUUUGCUUUUUCUUGCUCUCCAGCUCUCUUCCCCACCUCUCUUAGUCAUCCCAGGAUGUGUCAGAAUUUCUAUAGUUUUUCAAGGUCAUGCCCAGUGGAGCGGAGAAUGGCAAUCACCGGAGAGAAAGAGCAAGUGGUGCCAAGCCACAGCUUUUUCCUCUGCACACCCCCAAACUAACCUGCCCCCACGCCAGAAACACACCUCAGGUAGGGGGUAAACCACUCCUCACACCCGUCCCCGUGAACGCAAGGGGGUAUAAAUGGAGGUGCGAAAGAGGAGAGAGAACAAUUCAGAGGGCGAUCAAACAACUCAAAUGGAUCCCAAGGCAUCCCAUGGUGUGAUGAUGAUGAUCUUCAUGGCCUCUUUGGUGUGGAUGAAAUGUUCAGCAGCACCAAUGGAGUGCCACUUCAACUCUCAAGCUCUGUGUGAGUAUGAUGGGAAGCAGUACUCUAUGGGAGAGAGCUGGAUGGAGCAGGGCUGUGUGCAGUGCACCUGCCUGCACCCUGUGGGAGUGGGAUGCUGUGAAACUGUGCAUCGGCCUGUGGACUUUCCUCCCUGGUGUGAAGUUCGGGUUGAAUCUCUGACUUGCCAGGUCACACUGGUGAUGACCUCUGAUCCCCGCCAGCGCUGCAUUCCCGGAGAAGAGAACAAUAUUGAUCCAAGACAUGGAGCACUCAACAUGAAACUAGGUUAGCAUGGAGGAAGUCUUCAAUCCACAAUUCACCUGCCUGUCAGCUAACAUCUGUCUCACUAUUGCGUGAGAUGCAAUAUUACUUCUAUAGCACUUGUAUUCUCAAAGCAUAACCAUUACCAUUUAAGUUCUCAGUCUAAAGGAAAAUAGGAUGUGGUUUGACGUAUAGCAUGUAGAAGAGGAAAGCAGUUUUUUGAGUUAUGCAUUUGAACAAUGUACUGGAAAGACAGAUGAGAAGUUUUAUAUUUGUAUGGAAUGUUAUGCAUUUUGUAUAUUAAUUUGUGCUUAUUCUACCAUGCUAUUAUCACAUCACUAUAACCCAAAAUAUUAGCACUGUAUGGCCUGUUAUCUCUUUUACAGUUCAUUACUUAAAUAGCCAAGAUAUUUUUAAUUAAGUUCAGAGAGCAAAAUUAAGUGUAUUCCGUUAACUAGUUGUAACAACAACAAAAACUCUUUAUGA